AUGAAUACGCAACUACAAUGUUCCGCUUUCACUGCUAUCAUUGCCUUCACAGCGGAUGUCAUAAUCGGAAAUAUAGAAUUAACAAAAAAUAUAAGUACAGUUUCAUCAAAUAGUACAAACAACAAAACUGUCCAUGAGACAUCGGAUUCAGAACAUUGGCGCAAAUAUAUAAUUACUCUAAUAAUAGGUGUAGUGGGUUGUAUUAUAUUUAUAAUACUAUUUUGGAUAAAAUAUAUUGGUUUCGACAACAUUAUAAACAUAAUCCGUAAUAGGUGGAGAAAUACAAUGUAUCGUUUGAGAAACUGGCGUCGAUAUCUUCAAAGAAAUCGUCCUGAACCUCCUGUAAGACAUGACUUAAACGGUGGAAUAGAAAUUAUCGAACGUAAGAAAUAGCAUAUGCAAUAUAUAAACGCAAUCAUA